AUGGGGCAGCUGUUCUCAACUAGCAGGAAGGUUGUCCUGCUGCACGGCCAAACCCAAGUCACUUACCCCGUCCCUUCCAACAACACUGACCUCUACGAUCUGCAUGCAGAUCUUUGCCGCAAAUUUAAGUUGGAGACAAGUGCGAUCAUUUCUGGGUUCAUAGUCGAUCACGAGAAUGGCGGACCAGUGUGCCCUAUAAGGCUCAUUGCGGCACUGAAGGGAGGGGAGAGAUGUCGGCUAGUGGUUUUGCAGCAUGCUGUUGAAGACUUGUUGCAGCUUCCUGUCCCUCCUGCUCGCCUUGAUAGGGACCAGAUCUUGAACCUCAUGGUGAGCUGGAAGAUGCUCAAGGAAGGAACGGCAGAACAGAGGAUGUUUUCCUUCGAAAAGUUAUGCUCAGCGCUGUCCGACAAGGGAUUUGCAUACAUUGCAGUGCAAGCAGGACAGUCAGAAAUUGUGAGAAACGCAGUCAAGGCCGCGAAAGACUUCUUUGCAGAUCCUUUAGAAUCGAAAGUCAGAAACAAAGUCAGUUUCCCUCGAUCAAAGUUUGUCGGAUACUCCAAGCAAGGCAAACGGGAGUUCUUUCAAGUGCGCAAAGUUGGAAGCCAUUACCGGUUUCCCUGGCCAGAAGACGAGCAGGGUACCUCCGAUUUCGCCUCUGCCAUUCGCGUACUUUAUGAGGAGCUGUCGCAAUGCUCAAGAUACCUUCUCGAGAACCUACAGAUGCUUGAUAGUCAGGACGAUGGCCAUCUCGAGAAUGAGAGGAAUGACAAGUCAGACGACGUUGCAGCUUCUGACUUCUUCGUGGGUAGUGAUGUGCUCCGCUUGUAUCAGUAUCACCGGCCCUUAGGAGAAGCACCUCCGGGUAUAGCCAACGCGGCUACAGGGCUCGUGAUGCUGUCUCCGGAUGCGUGCAGGUGGUUGGACGUGGAGGCCUCGCUGUAUGCAGUGAUGGACGACGACAAGCUGGAGUCCCUGACGAUGGAGGAGCAUCCAAGAGAAGAGCUCUCACUACCACACUGCGACUUGCAUGUUGAGAGCAGCGGCGGAGAGACUCUGGGUAACCUCUCACGCGGAAAGAUCAGGGCUCCACUGCACUACGUGGACGAAUAUGUGAUAGGACGACCAAGAAUCUCUAUGCCCUUCUUCACCAGAGCUCGUCCAGAUUCAAAGAUCAGAAGGAUUCAACACAGCAGAUUUUAUCCGAAAGCGGCAAGGGAAGCAGGAUCACGUGCGGACAUCGUUUAA